GAUAACAUUGUUUCGUUUCUAUGUUGGAGCAAACGUAGAUUGAAAUGCGAAGACACAAGUUAUGGCGAGUAUCAAUGCAUUGGUUAACCUGAUCCCCUUAUUGUCAAUAUGCAUCCCGGCAUUUGGAAGUAUUCAAGAUUUGGAGCCCAGUUCCAGUCCGAAUAACGACAGUCAGUGCUAUGGAACGGUAGAACCCAACACGACAUACGUAAAAUGUCGUUCUAAUUACACUCUAGUUCCUAAAUCUCUAACAGUCGGGACGAAGAUGAAGAACUCUACUUGUCUGUCAGUUGUCAGAAACUCGACCGUGUCGUGGAAUGGUACAUAUCAUGACAUUUGUUGUACUUAUAAUGAAUCUAAAGACUGUGUAUUAAACCAUCAGGACGCUAACUACACAAACUUGUGGAAGAAAAUUGGACUAAGCGCUUCUGGAUAUCAAACUGUAACAAUUGAAGUGGCCCAAAUCCCUCUACGUAAUUGUAACGACGGUUAUCUGGAAAAUAGUACCUACAACACUGUGGAAUACUAUUGUAUACCAGAUUCCAGGACGUUUCUCAUUAAUCAUACUUUUGAUAUAAAGAACACGAAAGGAGAAACACUUUAUCUGCAAUCACCGGGUUAUCCCAGGAACGUUACUUCUACUGGUGAUAACAACCACUCUUGUCUCGUAAUCACCAACUGUACACACACUAUUACCGUAUAUGGACUUGAUUAUGCUCUAUCAUAUCAUAUGAGGCUGCAUUUCAAAGAUUUGGUAUCAAAUAGAACUCUAUUAGUGGAAAAUGAUUCAAACAAGUACAAAAUCACAGAAAUAUUCAGCAGCGAUUCUUCAAAAGUUAUGAUCAACAUUCAUGGCGGUGGUGGGCGUUUUCGGAUAGCUCUUACAGCUUCUGGACAAAGUGAUCUGCGUCUUUUGUGCCCAUACUCUGUAGACAAUUUUGAGGUAUACGAUACAAGGACUACAUCAAUCAGUGGAGGAAUGACCACCACUUCCGGAAACACCCACUCAUCAUCAAAUUGCGCAUCAGCAGCUUCAAACGAAUUCACGCAUGGACGUUGUUAUGGUUGGGCAAUGGAUGUGAUGUGUAAUGAUUCUGGUAGAAUAUUUCCUCUUUUAAUAAUGGUUGGAGCAAAACCCGACACGGAUGGGUGUCCAGCAAUAAUGGAUAUAAAUGCAAACUCGACCUACGAAAGAAGUUGCUGUACAUAUGCUAAAGAAGCUUGUUAUUUUCCAUAUAGUAACAUUGAUGCUUCAGUCACGAACAGCUAUUUCAAAAAUUGCAUUGGAAGAUCCUCAUGCACGAGGCCCGUUUCUCGAGUAGACAUCCGAUCGUAUGAUCAAGCAGUGUGUAGUUCUGCUGUAUUUCCUGAUUAUACAACCUUUAUGACACUUCACUAUUACUGUAUAGGAGAAUCAGAAGUUGAGAGCAUUUCAACCUCAUUUUCGAGGAAUCUAAUAUCAACACUGCAUCUGACAGCACAGAAUUAUAGUGACAGCACUCCGACUGGAGUUACUCUGAUCCGGGAUCCGGUGUCCUGCUCCGUGGAAGUAUCAGAAUGUUCUGGAAGAGUUAACAUCACCGGAAUGGAUGUCCGACUAUUCUCAGUGGGUGAUGUGUGUAAACAGACAUUGACAUUCAUCGAGGGUGGUAGAAAUACUACAAUAGACUGUUCCAACAACAGCAACUUUAGUGCAGACAUUUUGUAUCUAAGUAGUAGCAGCUAUUUUACCUUUACCUAUAGUGACGAAUACGGAGAUAUAGGAGGUUAUCUUUGGUUAAAAAUCGAGACUGUUGACAAAAGUCACAGUUUGGACAUUAACUGCGGAAGUACGCAGAACCAAACCACACAGUGUCACUCAGGAAAUGAAACAUCGACAGACGCUCCAUUCCAAUCAACGUCAGCUGCUGGAGAAACUGUCUCCUCCGUCGAUCACGAGCCAAAAGGUACAGAUGCUGCUGUCAUUGCUGUCGCUGUCCUACUCUCCAUCAUCGUUCCUGUUGUUGUCAUAAUAAUAAUAAUUAUCAUCAUUCGUCGACGAUAUCGCCCAAAGUUGAUAAUGGUUAAAGAAUCAACUACAGACAAUCCGGAAUACACUAACAUGCUUCGGUAUGGACGGUUGGGACCCAGGAAACCGAUGAGAAGAAAAAGUGGAGAUGAUCGUCCCAAAAUGAAACCUAGAAAAAAGAAGAACAGAAUACAAAAGGAGAUGCCAUUACUACUUCAUCCCCAGAAGAUAGACGACGGAGAAGAAAAAGAAGAAGAAAGAGGAGAUGAUCGCCUCAAAAUGAAACGUAGAAAAAACAAGAACAGAAUAAAAAAGGAAGGUAAAACUGAAGAAAAUAUAUCAACCAUGACAAAUAGUAUUACUGCAGAAAAUGGUUCUGAUCGAAGAGAUGACAUAUCAGAACGACUAAGUACAGAUCAACAAACAAUCGGUGUCCAAGAGAAUAGAAAAGUGAAUGGACAACAGCUUGUUGAUCCAGCAACUAUAACAGAAAGACAAAAUACAUAUAACACAAACAAUAGUUUUCCCCAUGUUCGGGAUAGUGAUGCAGUUAGAGAAACUGGACAUGCAAGAAACAAUUCAGAUGGAUCUCUUGAAGAAACACAAACCAAUCAAUCUGAGAAAGAAAACACAGACCACGAUACAGAAAUUGAAGAUUUAUUCUCAUCAGCAAUUGCUCAGUCCACUAGUUCACUUGUAUAACGCAGUGUUAUAACUUUGGCUUUAACAGAAUGUUUAUAUUCUAUACAGCGAUUUGACGUUAUGUUGUGGUAUAUUACACAGUGGUUGUUCCCCUAUCUUCAUUCUUUUGCUACGAAAACAUUGCUAUAUGUGAUAUGAAAUUACAAAUUUCUCAUAAUCAUUCAUCUAUAGCGUUUUUAGAGAAUCAAAUCACAAGGAAAGAAAUAUGUUAUUAUGGUAGAUAAUGACUUUUAUGUAACGUGUUGAUUGUGUAUGUUCUAUUGUGUAUAUUUUGGAUAGGUAAAUUAUGGUAAAUAUAUGUUUUGUAUAACAUGUUAAACUUGUUUCUUUCACAUUUGAUGGAUGUUGGGUAUGGAACUUUUUCUGUUUGAGGCCCCCCUUUUGGGAUGCCUUAUAUUGGUAUGUUUUCUUAUCAUCGCUGUCUUGGGUGGAAAUUUCAGACAAACUUAGAUGAUGUAAUGUUUUGUUUUAGGGCCCCGUACUUAGCCUAUUACAUGGAUGACCAAUCACAGCACGCCGUUAGGACGCUUUGAUCAGUCCUCAUUGUUUGCUUGGGGUGCAAAGACUGCUUUAGUCAUUUUGUGUACACAAAAUUAAUUUGAUACCCACCCUCCACCCUCCACAUUCUCCUUUGUAAUACCACUUUGACUGUUUUAUUUGUAAAACCCACCUUAUUUGAUUGCAGGCUGCUCUAUUUCGAAAUUUCAUUUUGUGUUGUAGAGAGUCAGAUUGCAUAAUCAUACCUAUGUGAUAGAUAUGUUCUUGCAUUUUUGUUUUCAACUCAUUCUGACCCCACUAGCUAAUCUUGUUAUAUAACUUCGUCAUUUUAAAAAAGAAUGACAUAUUUUCAAUUCACGUCACUGUCCUGGUUUCACUGCUUUUAUCAAGUAACAAGCAAAGGCUACUUGGCAAGUCAUAUUAAUUAAGGAACAUAAAACCAUUUCUGUUCAUUAUAUAGGAUAUAAAGUAUGCUGGAGCAGUGUACAUUUGUUGAGUUGUUUAUGGAACUUUCAAUCUUCAAAUAAAGAAAUUUUCAUUUAAGGUUA